AUGCCGACGACGUUGGUGACAGGAGGUACAGCGGGCCUCGGCCUCGCCGCUGCUCACCACCUCGCAGCCAAGGGCCACCACGUGCUGGUCCAUGGGCGCACGCCGGCCAAGGUGGACGCCGUUGUGCACGCGAUCGCGGCCAAGGGCGGCCACGCCGACGGCUACGUUGCGGACCUCUCGAGCAUGUCGGACGUGCGAAAGCUCGGCGAUAACGUUGCGAAAGGCCACCCAUCGCUGGACGGCCUGCUCAACAACGCCGGCUCAUUCGAUGGCGACUACACGGGCGAGCGA